AUGGCCCCUAAGGUUGGUAUCAACGGCUUCGGUCGUAUUGGACGUAUUGUCUUCCGUAACGCCAUCAACCGUGAUGACGUCGAGGUUGUUGCCGUCAACGACCCCUUCAUCGAGACCACCUACGCUGCCUACAUGCUCAAGUAUGACAGCACCCACGGUCAGUUCAAGGGUACCGUCGAGGUCGACGCCCAGGGCCUCAUCGUCAACGGCAAGAAGAUCCGCUUCUUUGCUGAGAAGGACCCCGCCGCCAUCCCCUGGGCUGAGACCGGUGCCUCCUACAUCGUCGAGUCCACCGGUGUCUUCACCACCACCGAGAAGGCCUCUGCCCACUUGAAGGGUGGUGCCAAGAAGGUUGUCAUCUCCGCUCCCUCCGCUGACGCCCCCAUGUUUGUCAUGGGUGUCAACAACACCGAGUACAAGCAGGACGUCAACGUCCUCUCCAACGCCUCCUGCACCACCAACUGCCUGGCUCCCCUUGCCAAGGUCAUCAACGACAAGUUCGGUAUUGUCGAGGGUCUCAUGACCACCGUCCACUCCUACACCGCUACCCAGAAGGUCGUCGACGCUCCCUCCGCCAAGGACUGGCGUGGUGGCCGUACUGCGGCCCAGAACAUCAUCCCCUCCUCCACCGGUGCCGCCAAGGCCGUCGGCAAGGUCAUCCCUACCCUCAACGGCAAGCUCACCGGUAUGGCCAUGCGUGUGCCUACCCCCAACGUCUCCGUCGUUGACCUCACCUGCCGUAUCGAGAAGGGUGCCUCGUACGAGGAGAUCAAGCAGGCCGUCAAGGAUGCCUCCAACGGCGAGCUCAAGGGCAUUCUUUCCUUCACCGAGGACGACAUUGUCUCCUCCGACCUGAACGGUGACGACCACUCCUCCAUCUUUGACGCCAAGGCCGGUAUCGCCCUCAACCCCAACUUCAUCAAGCUCGUCUCCUGGUACGACAACGAGUGGGGUUACUCCCGCCGUGUCGUUGACCUCAUCUCCUACAUCUCCAAGGUCGACGGCCAGUAG